AUGCCACCAAAAUCGUGUAGAGACUUAAAGAAGGGAGACCCUAGAAAGGGUGGUCGUCCACAGCCUUGGUGGUGUCGCAACAAUCGCAACGGCAGUCAAAACGGACGUUCAACGCUUUCAGUAAAGCAUCCUUCGGAUAGUAUACGUCGUCCGACAAGUAACUCGGGUGUUUGGACUUGGUUGGGUGGUAGUCGACGUUCUUCUGUGGGCCCAGAUCAAAUUGGACCACCAUCAUCAUCACCAGCGGAAAAUCAUUACACACAUAUGGAUGACGCUUAUAGUCCCGUUGGUGUUAGCGAAGCGUUAUAUGCUGAAUUGGAUCGAGAAUCGGUGCGCUCCGCAAAUCCUUCAUAUCAAAAUACGGCAUACAGCCAAUGUGAAGAUAAGUAUCAUUAUCAGCAACAUGAACAAGACAUUCCCAUGGUGGUCUCAUCGGCUCCGAGCAGUGCCUACUAUUCGGAUCUUUCAGUGACCGCUAUGCCAGGCGGCGGUGGCAAUGAGCGCGCCUAUGAAAUUGUGGGUCUCACUGUCAUGUCACAGCCGUUACCCAACUGGGACAGCGGAGGUAGGGAUACAGGUUCUAGUGAGACGGCGUUAGCUACUCAACGACGUAUGCCACGACUGGCAGCCAUAAAUGAGACAAGCACGACAACUGUUCCCUCAGAUUACGUUUAAAUGCAAAGAUGUAAAUUUAUGAAAUUUUAAAAAAUUAAUUUAAUUUAAUUGUGAAUUUAAUUAAGUGCUGUAAUUAAUUUAAUUAUUA